CAGGCUGCUCCGCCCUCCUUGGUGCUCCCUCUUCCUCCUCCUCCUCCUCCCCGGCUGCUGGUGGUAGCGGUGGUGGCGGUGGCUGCGGCUCCCUAAGUUUUGACAGUUUCGUUGGGGGUUCUGGCGGGAGGGAGGGGCACUCCGGAACUGCGCGGACCUUGCCUAGCUCCUCCUUGCCCACACCCUUACGCAGUUCCCUGCCCGCGGCUCACCUCCCCGGGGCACGCCGUCCCCCGGAGACCGGGAGCACCCCCGGGCCCUCGGCCUCCGAUUGAGCUCCUCAGGAAGGCAGCGUGGCCCCGGAGCAGAGGACGGCACCGCCUCCUUCCUCCUCUCUGUCCCAGAAGCAGGCACUAAGACUCCCGACUAAGGCGCAGAAACACCGGCACCAUGUCUCGGGGUCCGGAGGAAGUGAACAAGCUCACGGAAAAUACUUACCGAAAUGUCAUGGAACAAUUCAAUCCUGGACUCCGGAACUUAAUAAACCUAGGGAAAAACUAUGAGAAGGCUGUUAGUGCUAUGAUAAUGGCAGGACGAGCCUACUAUGAUGGUGUAGCAAAAAUUGGAGAAAUAGCUACCACUUCUCCUGUAUCCAUAGAGUUGGGACACGUCCUUAUUGAGAUCUCAAAUACCCACAAGAAACUCAAUGACAGUCUUGAUGAAAAUUUCAAAAAAUUCCAUAAAGAAAUUAUACGUGAACUGGAGAAGAAGACAGAACUUGAUGUCAAAUACAUGAAUGCAACUCUAAAGAGAUACCAAACAGAACACAGAAGUAAAUUAGAUUCUUUGGAGAAAUCUCAGGCAGAGUUGAAAAAGAUUAGAAGGAAAAGUCAAGGUGGAAAAAAUGCACUCAAGUAUGAACAUAAAGAAAUCGAGUAUGUAGAAACUGUCACUUCCCGUCAGAGUGAUAUCCAGAAAUUUAUCGCGGAUGGCUGCAAAGAAGCCCUCCUUGAAGAGAAAAGACGAUUCUGCUUUCUGGUGGACAAACACUGCUCUUUUGCCAGUCACAUAAAUCACUAUCAUCUACAGUCUGCAGAAUUACUCGAUGCUAAGCUGCCCAAGUGGCAGGAGACGUGCAGUGAUGCCACCAAAGUGCCAGAGAAGAUCAUGAGUAUGAUCGAAGAGAUAAAGACGCCGGGCUCCACCCCCGUAUCUGGAACUCCACAGCCUUCGCCGAUGGUAGAGAGAAGCCACCUGGUUGGGGAACAUUAUGACACUAUCCCUAAGUAUUCGCCAAAGAUGCCCCCCGUUUCUUCAGCCAGAGCCUAUGCCAGUCCUCUAGUUGACAUGUUUACCAACCCAGCCACCGUCCCGAAGACUUCAGAAAGGUUAAAUAAUACAGCUGAUAAUUCAGAGGAUCCCAGUUUACAGCGAUCUAUUUCUGUGGCAACAGGAUUAAACAUGAUUAAAAGGCAAAAAGUGAGAACAAUCUUCCCGCAUACUGCUGGAAGUAACAAGACAUUGCUUAGCUUUGCACAGGGAGACAUCAUCACAUUGCUCAUUCCAGAGGAAAAAGACGGCUGGUUGUAUGGAGAACAUGACCAAACUAAAGUGAGGGGCUGGUUUCCAUUAUCAUAUACAAAGCCACUAGAAGAAAAUGAAGAAUUUACACCAAAUGUGCCAACUCCCAGCCCUGCACCUGUUAGAAGCAUCAGUACAGUGAACUUAGCAGAAAAAAGUAAUGUUGUCAUCCCACCUCCCGAUUAUCUAGAAUGUUUGUCUGGAGUUGCUGCUGCAGAUAAAAGGAUAGAUUCUUCUUUGAAAAGUUCUACAUUUAAGCCACCAGCACCCAAACCAGAAAUCACAUCUCCUAAGCCAGAUACAAAUGGAAUAGCAAAGCCUCCUUUCCUAAGUGGAGAAAAUCCUUUUGCUACUGUGAAACUCCGACCAACAGUGACAAAUGACAGGUCAGCACCGAUAAUUCGAUGAAUGAGUCAAAAAAGUAACACUGACCAUUUUUUUUCAUCCUGUAAACUACAUGUUCAACAUUAUGAUUUUCUUGUUAACAUCUGCUAUCAUUAUAGAGGAAUGGAACAUAAGAAAGGUUUUCCAGUUUUCAAUGAAUGUUAAAGAAAUCAAAUGCUCAUAAGAUUUGAGAGUGAAUGAAUUCACUUCUGCCUUUAAAUGAAUAUAUUGUAAUAACCACCACAAUUCUUAAAUGUUUUCUUCCUCGUGUUUGAUAAGCCAAUAGAUUGUUCUGUUCCAUUGAUUCUCUUUGGAGGUUAUAGUAAUCUGUUUUUUAAAUGUAUAAUUUUAUAGAAAUAAGCAAUUGUCUUUGUUCUCUACACCCAGAUGCAAAAUUGAUUCUUUUGCUUUGAGGUUAAAUAUGUGCUAUUCUAUAUAAGCAAUAGCACUGUCAUAUUUCAUAGGUUUGCGUCAGGCACAGACCAUAAAUUAUUUGUGCUGACAUAGAUUAUUAAAAGGUACCAUUUCAAAUUGUAAAGUUUCUUUUUCUAACUUAAAUUUUUAUUUUUUAAAAUUAAAGCAUAUCAACCCCAAAUGCAGAACUGUAAAGGACAAUCCUUCACCUCCCUUUCCCUUAAAGUUAGUUAUAAUCAAUCUUAGGAGAAAUCAACCUCCUCCCUCAUGUAAUUUGUAGAAUUUUUCUUCUUCCUAAGAAAUCACUUGUAAAAACUAUUGAAUAUUGGGGGUUGUACACAAAAUAAAAUUUCAAACUGUAGGAUGCAUGUCAGGAUUCUUGUACUAUUCCAAGGCAAAUAAACCUAUGACACACAAAACAAUUGUCACAAUUUAAGACUUCUAAAUACAGAUAUUCAUUAAUGAUCAAACUUCUAUUCUACAGAAUAUUCGACCAUGAAGUUUGAAUGAGGGUUUCUCCUUGGGAGAAAUAAUAGUAUGAUUGCCCCCAAAUAGGAUUUAUUGAGAAUAGAUUACUGCUUUGGCCAGUCUUUCGAUAAUGAGAUUCUCUUGUGUUGGGUGUACUUCAUCCGAGAUAAUAAUUAGAAUCUCCAUAUUCUAUGCCUUAGGAAGCUAGUCAUAUGCCACUGCAAUUAGUUUCAAACACAAGGCCCACAUGGCAGUCCAAAACACUCCCCAAGCCCAAACCAGAUUAAAAUGUAACUGGAAAGAGGGCAGCUUAGGUAGCUGAGGAGAGCCAGGAGGACCUGGGUUCAAAUGUGGCCUCAGAUACUUCCUAGCUGUGUGACCCUGGACAAAGUCCCUCAAUCCCCAAUGCCUAACCCUUACUGCUCUUCUGCCUUAAAUAGUAUUGAUAUGUAAUUGGGAAGUAAUACUAUAAAACAUUUUAAAAUCAAUCAGUAUGUCAUUAUGGCCUGCAGGAAUCUUUAUAUAGAGAUGAAGUUCUAGUUGCACUGGUAUACACAACCAAAGUUCAUAUUCCUCUUCCUCAGUUUCCCAAAGCUAACCACAUCUCAGGGGAGCCUGUAGAAUGACACUCUGCCCUUCUGAGUGUUAUGUGUGUCUAAGACAUACACACAUCAGGAAUAAAACUAUUUAAACCUAAGUUUUUGCCCUGUUUUUAUUUUUCCAAGUUGAAGAAACACAAAUUUAUAAAACACAAAAGAAACCUUCCUUUUCUUGGACAUACUCACUUACUGAAGGUCAAGUGCAAGCAGGUGCAUGUAGAAAAUGUCAGUCUAAAGAUAAGCUACCCCAGUCUCUUGUAUGUUUUAUGCAAGUCGGCCUCCUCCCAACAGCUCCUCACAUGCAACAGCUUUGGAACCUGGCUGGCUACUACUAGAGAAAAGCUUCUGUUCAACCUGUAGCUUUUGGCAGAGAAUAGCUAGUCUUGUGUCUUUCCCCGGGACCAAACAAGGACUUCAUCCUUAGGGCUGUUGAUGUAGCUUUAGGACUUCUGGUAUGUGAGCCUGGAAUGGCAGGCAGCCUUUGUUCUUCCUUGAGCAGUUAGUUAUCUUGGAUACAAAUUAACUGUCACAUGAAUAAGCAACACUAUGGAUGCUUCAUUGCCACAAACUCUCACCAGCCCAGGGGACAUCCAUUCUGUACCAGAUGGAAGGAAAUCAAAGUGAAUUUAGAAAUAUUUACCUUUAAACAUUUUAUAAACCACAGAUACAAACAAAAGGGAACUGAGACUUUAGAGGACAGGAGAGACAGGGAAGAAAAACCCCAAUUGGUUCAAUUUUGUUUCUACUCCCUGUAAUCUACAACCAGUCAAUCUUCAGCUUACAGGCCCCAAAGUUCCAGUCUACUACUAUCCUUGCUAUAUCUGAGAAGAUGCCUGCCACCUGUCACCUUAACUACCUACCUACCUCACAAGGAUGUUGUGAGGAAUUUGCUCAGUUUGGAUUUUUUAAUUCUGUAAAGUACAUGACAUUCUGAGUGAGGUUACAUGCCACAGAAAUUUCAAGAUAUUGCAGUUUAAUAAAAAAAUAAUAAUUUAAACACUCAUUUUUGUCCAGCGGCUUUUCUGAAUUAUCUUACUACCAUUCCAAAUGCAUAUUAUAAGCUCACUCUUGGGAGGUAGGACCAGGUUCAAAUCCUGAUUCUGCCAUGUACUUCCUUAAUGAUAUUAGUAAAUAGAACUCUCCCAAAGCCUUAAUUUCCUCAUCUGUGCAGGGAGAUUGUACUACAUGACUUUUGAGGUUUCUUCUUGCUGUCCAUCAAUGAUAGAUAAUCUGUGAAAUAACAUGUCUAUCCAAAAUUAAAUAUAUUUUAAAACUAA